CUGUCUAGUUGCUGUCAUCUCAAAAACAAAAAAGAAAAAACAAAAAUUAGAAAAUUAGAUUAUUAAAAUCGUGGAAAUUCCAUACAAAAUGGCAAAAGAAGGUGGCACAAUCAACGAAUUAGAAUCUCAGCUGGCUGAGGUUAGCCUGGAGGAUGUGGCCUGUCGUCAUCGCCGGGAGCGCAAGGAGCUGCAGGCCAAACUUCAGGCAAUGAAAAAAAAUGCACCCAAAAACAAUAAGAAUAAACGAAAGGAAUUUCUCGAGGAGAUGGCCCGUCUGGAGGGAGAAUUAGAAGAGCGUCAGAAAGCCGAACUCAAAGCGGCAGAGGAGCAGCACGUAGCCAUUAAAGAAGAACCAGCAGCUCCAGAGCAGCCAGUGACAGCAGCAGCAAACGGCAAAGAACAGCUGGUCGAUGAGGAAGAGGAAGAGGCCGGCGAGGAACAACCGGCACCUGGUCAACGUUUAUCUAAGGCUCAAAAGCGUCGCAACAAGAAGGCCAACGAGGCACGUAAACGUGAGGAAGAGAUUCGAGUGGAGCUGCAACAAGCCGCCAAUAAGCCAUCACCCAAACUCAUAGAACUGCAACAGAUCAAAGACAAAUUGACAUCGCGUCGCUUGACCAUUCACAAUAUAGCUUCUGAUGGCGAUUGCCUGUAUCAUGCAGUGCGUCAUCAACUUCUUGUGAAUGCCCUGCCCGGCCACAGUGUACAGGAGCUGCGCCAGGAGACAGCCAACUAUGUGAGGGCCCAUAAGGAGAGCCUACUGCCAUAUAUGACUCAUCCGGAGACCGGGGAUCUACUGACCGAUGAGCAGUUCGAACAAUAUUGUGUGGACAUUGCCAAAACCCAUGCCUGGGGCGGACAUAUUGAACUGAAGGCCAUAUCAUCGCUGUUGCAAGUCCCCAUCGAAGUCAUUCAAGCGGAGGGUUCACCAACUCUACUCGGCCAAGAGUUUGGUGGUGCACCCUUGGUCAUAUGCUAUCAUCGCUAUAUCUAUCAACUGGGCGCCCAUUACAAUUCCACAGUGCCAGAGGAUUAACUGCUAUCUUCACUUGGCGUCAUGUGUUCGUAGAAACCAAAAAAAGAAAUUAAAACGGAAUCGGGAAAAUCCACGACACCAAUAAAAAUGCAAUUUUUAUUGUAACAUUUAUAACUAGAAA